AUGAAAUAAUCAAAAGCAGCAUUGGAAAUAGGUGGAACAUUCAUAUAAGUUGGAAUAGGUGAAAAAGUAGAGAAUAAAUGGAUGAUAACAAAUAAAAAAACAUUUGACACUAGAGAUCCUUAAGAGACUGUGAUAGAUUUGGUUUAAUAUUUAGAGCAAUUUGAGUUUGAUUCAAUUUAAAUAGCCUCUUUUGGUCCAUUAUGUUUAAAUAAGGAUGAUCCGUAAUAUGGAUCAAUAACUUCUACUCCAAAACUUAAAUGGUAGAAUUUCCCUAUUGCUGCUUGUUUAUCAUAAAAAUUAAACAAACCAUUUGCAAUAGACACUGAUGUGAAUGCUUGUGCAAUGGCAGAAUUUAUGUUAGGCAAUCAAAAUUCAUAUUUAUAAUAGGCAAUCAUAAUGUAAGAUAAUCAUUAGCUUAUAUAACAAUUGGAACAGGUGUUGGCGUCGGUUUAAUUGUAAAUGGAUAAUGUGUUCAUGGAAUGUUACAUCCAGAAGGAGGUCAUAUUUUACUUUCUAAAUAAAAGGAAGAUAAAGAUUUCUAAGGAGUUUGUGCUUUUCAUGGAGAUUGUUUAGAAGUAUUCAAUUAUAUUAUAUAAUUAGGGAUUAUGCACAAAUGUUGCUAUUGCUAAAAGAUUGAAUUGUCCUAUUACUGAAUUGCCUAAUGUGAGUGAUGAUCAUCCAAUUUGGCAAUUAAUUGGUUUCUAUUUAGCUGAAGCAUGUUAAAAUUUAUUAUAUCUUUUGUCUAUUGAAAAAAUAGUUUUAGGAGGAGGUGUAAUGAAUAGAAAGAUCUUAUAUUCUAUCAUUGAUUAACGUUUAAGAACUUUAGUCAACAAUUAUGUUCAAAUUCCACAAAAUUAUGUUGUUGAACCUUAAGUAUAAGAUGUAGGAUUAAUUGGUGCAUUAUUAUUAUAAUGAUAUUU